AUGUCAUGGUUCCUAAUAAUUUCUAUGUUAAUACAUUCAGCAUUUACGCAGGAUCUUGAUAUUAACCAUGAUAUAUCAAAAGAGAAUUGUCCAUCCCCUCUCAUAAUUAGGGACGUUGAUAAAGAUGAUUCACAAAUUUGUUUUGAUGAUUGUUGUGUUGCUUGUCCAUUUGUUAAUAAUUUUUAUGAAGAGAACAAAAUUAAUAAGACAUUUAAAAGUUUUGCGAUUGUAGGAAUAAUUUCUUUCUUCUUAAUGAUUGUACUUGCUAUUUUUUUUAUCACACUUCCGAGUCAAAAACAAAACCCUUUAGCGAGGCAAAUGUUGUUGCCCCUUGCCAUAAGUGUGAUGUAUUUCGAAGGUUCUGAAUUUAUCACUAUAUUUCAACAAAAAUCUCAGUGCGUCAAUCAUAUUACUCCGGCGACACAAGGGAACAAUGUAUUAUGCGCCAUUCAAGCAUUUUUCACACUGGGAGGAGGGUAUGCGAUAUCAUGUUGGUCCGCUCUUUUGAUGACUCAUCUACAUUUGAUGUCAGUAUGGCGCAUAGAAUUCAUAGCCAAGAAAAUAGUUUACUUCCAUGGUUUUAUAUUAAUGGCUACGAUGUUAGCGAUUAUAAUUCCUUUCGCCAAAAAGUCGAUUCAAUCAAAUAAUAUAUGUUUUAUUUCCCCGGAUGCGUCCACCACAUAUUUUUACUUUUUAUCUUUUAUUUAUAUCGCAUUUAUCGCGCACUUCUCAACCUUUAUCUAUAUGGCUCACAUUACAAUCGAUUCGAAUCGUCGUUAUUUACCCGCGAGGGAUUUAUCAAUACGAGCCUCUUUUAUCGAAGCACAACGAAAGGUUACUUAUGUUAAAACGAUCUUCUUAAUGCAAUGGCGUGCAUUAUUAGGUGCUUCAUUAAUGUUGGUUAUAUAUGUCAUAAAUUGGCAUUAUUAUAUUAUUGAAGUUAAGCCGGAUUCCAUAAUAGAUUCGUGGCUACCAACAUGGCUUCAAUGUUUGAGUACCCAUGGAGACCAAACUAUUUGUGCUAAAUUGAUAGAAAAUCAUGUCGUACCUUAUAUAUAUACAUUUUCGUUACUAUUGUUUAAUAGAUCAGCAGGAAUCUUAAUCUUUAUAAUCUUUGCGGCUAAGAAAUCCAUUAUGGUUGAAGCUUAUGAUGUGAUAACUAGAAAGGUAACCUCAAGAAGUAUGGAUUUAACUACAUCAUAUAUUGAGUCUGAAUCAAGUAGAUUUUCAACCCUUCGUACUUCAUUUAAAGAAAAACGUCGUUCCAUAUUGGGUGCCGGAACCCGAUCCUCAACGAUAUCAUUAAAUGAAGAAUCUAAAUUUUCAAUAAUGAAUUGGAAAUCUACAAAUUCUUCAAAUGUUGAUUCUUCUACAAAUAGACAAAGCAUAGUAAAUAGUUCGACACCUUCGACUCCAUAUAUGGGAAAAAGAUCUUCUGUAACAUUCUCAGAACCUUUACAUCAAAAAAGGAGCAGAGCGUUAACACCUUCCCCACCAAGUUCUCCCGUAUCGAGUAGAAAAACUUCGAGACCAAUUUCUUUUACAUCUUCCGUAUCAAUGGAAGAAAAUUCUCAUUUGGCAAAAGAUAUUACAAUACCUGAAGUUGCUUUAAUCCAUAAAUCUAAAAAGGACGAAAAAAAGAAACGAGAUAAUGGGGAAAAGAGUGUGAAUGUUACUAUAAAUACAACUCUAGAUGAAGAGGAUGAAAGGGAAAAUAAGCUUGAAGAAUUCUAA